AUGCCGAUUGUAUCACAAUCAAGCUCACUACUGAAUUUGUUGGAAAGUAUAAAUGGAGUUCAACUUUUGCAAUUAUUAAACAACAUGCUAAAGCCACCAGACAGAGGGCAAACUGUUAUAAGCAAAAAUGAGAUGAAAUCUCAUGAAAUAAUUAAAAACCCUUCUGAUACAGGAUCAGCUAACAAUCAGGACAAUCAACGAAAUUCCCAAAUGAACCCCAACCCUGCAAGAAGUCCCUCGAAGAAUUUUCCAAUGCAAGAGGAAACUAACAAUUCAAAUACCAAACUCCAAGGCCCCUCUGAUCCUAGUCGACAGGAAUUACAGACAAAGACCCUACAAACAACAGGCUCAAAUGCAACAGCAAAAACCGGUUAUGAGGGUUCAGAUAAACAUAAAGUGUUACUUACGUCUGGAACAAAGAAACCGCUACCAUCGAAACGGCCCAGCACAAAUGAAGUGAAUCACCCUCAAGGUUUUAAUGGAAAGAUAAAUUCUGGUGUAAUGGGGUUUCAGGCCCUGCAUACCAACAACAAUGCAGGUAUGUAUAACUUAGGUCAGCAGUACACCAACCCUCUGUCGAUGUUGGCUGCAGGGAUGGGUUCGUCAAAUGGUGGAAAAAUUGACAGCGUGCAGUCUUCUCCAAACACAAAUGCAAAGGCUCCACAAGCGGUAGAGACUCAUGGAUUUGAUCCCAAUCGACUUAUGAGUUCGUGGGCGAGUACAAAUAACUUCAACCCCGGAAAGUAUAACGUUGGACAGAACUAUAUAUCAACAGAUGAGUGGACAAAAUAUGCAAAUCAACCCACUGGCUACACUGGCUUAAUGCAACAUAUAACUCAAAAAACAAUGGGAAGCAUCAGCAAAGAAGAAAGUCAAGAAAAACAUACGGAAAACAAGUUUCCACAAGAGCACUUUCAAACACAGGGAUCCGCCCAAAACGCAUUUCAAAGUUCAGCAUUGACUGCAAAAAUGAAUUUUGCUCCAAAUAACAUGAUUUUGCCUGUGUCAAAUCCUCAGACGCCGAAAAUACAUGUAAAAUUUAGCUUUGAUCCCGAUAGAUUAAAUUCAUUUACAGGGUCCUUUCGGCCUGGGCAGUUUGCACCCUUUCCUGCAUCUAAUGCAGGGGAAGCAGACUUUCCCGACUUUGAUGCAAAUGUAAUAAAUCAUCAUUUAUCGGGAUUUCCAAAUGAAAUGUCCUCAAAGCAAAAUCAACAACAUCAAACUUUAAAGAAAACAGAAUAUCAGAAAUCUCUCUCGACUCCAAAAUUUAGACUAAGAGCAAAUGAAUUUGAAAACGUACACAAAGGAUUUAGUCCUGAUUUUUCCUUAGGGUCAAUAGUCCAGUCUCUGAAGAAAAUGCCACACGUAGGUGAUGCACGAAGAGCAAAAUUAGAAAAUCGAGGCGAUCAUAGAGCUGUUAAAAGCAGAAUUUUAGCUCUGAAAAGAGAUCAAAAUGUUUCUGUCACAAGUACCUCUAGAUCAAACUUGACAGUUCAGACGACAACACCCUCGGCUUCCACAACCACUGAUAAAACUAUAGAAGCUACAAGUUCACCUGAUACAUCAAAAACUACAACUCUUGUAGAUAUUGGGCGAUUCAAUCCGAAUAAAGUGAACAGACCGAUUAUGUACAACCCGGGUAUGUCACCAGGAAUGAGUGUUGGAUCAUUUCAAAAUUUUCAGUACACUCCUCAACAACAUAAAGUUAAUUCAACUUCCACAGGACAAACCUUUCAAUUUACAGGCGUGGGCUUUAAUCCAUCUGAGGUCAACAAUGCAAAGAUGAAUUUUGAUGUUAAUUCGCAACUCGGUAUUCCAGGUGGAUCUACCUCGCUUAAUGGACAAACCUUUGGUAGUGGUUACGAUCCCAUUAAAACAAACAUUCUGGCCAUCCAAAAUCCAUUCGCUACCAACAACCAAAGUCAAGGACCAUCUUUCACUGCUGGUAAAGUAUCCGGAUUCGGAUCUGCUUUCAUUGGUUCCUUUAAUCCAAACAGUGUCAAUCAAGGUAUGAUGAAGGAUUUGUUAAGCUCCCAGGCAAAAAGUAACAAUAGUGGGAAUUAUUUCGGGAUUGGGAUGACUGGCUUUGACACGUCUGGAUAUGGAGGGAAUUUUGACCCAUCCUCAGUGAACAAUGCUGUUUUCAAUCCAAAUGAAGUAAACAAGAUUAAAAUGCACUUUGAUCCAAGUGAGAUGUUGGAUAAAAACCCAGGCUACGACACCGAUAAAGCGCUAGCUUACAAGUUUAAUCCUAAUAACAUCAAUAACAUGCAAGCAAAUUUUCAGCCAUUAUUUUUGCAAAAUAACAACGGUCAUGAAUCUAAGAACAGCACUAAUGAUUCCAAACUUUAUAAUGGUGCUAAUUUCGUGCCUGGUUUACUUGGAGGAGGGAGCAAAAAUGAAAUCCCAAUCUUUAAUCCAGCUACAGUGAACAAUGCUCACAUGAACUUUUCCCCAAUCGGAGUGAAUAACCUUCCAAACAUGCCCAACAAUAACAACAAUAAGACGAGCAACACUACCGACUCAUCAGAUGAAUCAUAUACUUUCUUUAAUCCUAAUGACAUUAUGAGUUCCAGCUUGAACAAUCAUCCCACCGGAAUUAUAAAUUCUGGUGAUACAUCAAAGAAAGGGAGUCAGUCGGAGAAUGCUUUUACCCCAGGUCUUCUAGCAACUGGAGGAGAAAUUCUCGAAAGUGACAGAAAAGAAAGAAAAACCUACCGGAAAAGAACUUAG